UUUUAAGUCUCUCCAUCACUAUCCACAACCAACCACAACCAACCUCAUUACUCUCAUCCAACCACAGCCAACCUAAUUACUAUCAACCACCAACAACAACCAACCCCAUUACUCCUUCAUCUAUAAAUUUGCUUGAUUUAAGCUUUCUUGUAUUCAUCCUCUCCUUUCAUUCUUUCAACGAAACCUUCAAAAUCAAAAUGGAACAAGAUUUGCCCACCUUCAUCCGCCCUUGCAAACUCCGAGGCAACUCUUCUGCAAGUUCUCGUCCUCUCAUUUCCGGCCCUGCUGGUGUUGUCCAGGCCGCCAUGAUUCAACGCAGCUCCACCACCGACGGACACCUCAUUCAAACCCAACAAUUUGUUAGGCGCGUCGUCGAAGACGGUCACGACACUGAUCCCGAUUUUCACUCCAAUGCCUGGCUUUCAGCCCUGCAAUUAGGCGGAUCUGCAACUCCUCUGGGUUCCAUCACUCACCAUCUAGAAAGGGUCGAUCUCAUCGUCGCAGUUAUCAAAUCAUGUACGCCAAACGGAUUCGGCGAUGUGUCAGUUACCCUGAAGGAUCCUACGGGCACUGUCGGUGCUAGUGUCCAUCACAAGGUUUUCAUUGAAAGCGAAUUCGCGAAGGACAUAAAUGUUGGAUCUGUUAUGCUUAUCCAGAAGGUAGCUGUGUUUUCUCCUAGAAAAUCUAAUUGUUACCUGAACAUAACAUUGCCCAACAUAGUUAAGGUAUUCUCCAGUGACUGUGGACCUCCAUCAGAAACAUUCACCGACAUUACAGAAGAUUGA